CACUAUGUAAUAAUAAGUCUCUUUCUCAUGUUACUCACAGUAGUAUGUGGUAUAGGAGCGUAUAUUCCUCAUCGCUAUCACUUUGUGAAUGAGAAUAAAACCUGGAGUGAAGCUCAGAACUACUGCAGAGAGAAAUACACUGAUCUGGCCUCCAUCAACGACAUGGGAGAGAUGAUGAAGCUGAAUUACACACUGAAAAGGAAACUGUUAAGAAAGCUUGGAUCGGUCUACAGAGAGAGGACAUUGGGAAAUGGCUCUGGUCUCUGGCAGACCAAACUUUCUACAGAGACGGAGACACUUACAGAAACUGGGGUAAUGGACAACCAGACAACUACGGGGGAAAUGAAAAAGAACACAAACACUAAUAGAUACAUGUUUAUUAAUGAGACAAAGACCUGGUGUGAUGCUCAGACCUACUGCAGAGAGAAACACAACGACCUGGUCAGUGUGAGGAACCAAACUGAGAAUGAGCAGAUCAGGAAAUUGAUUCAGAAUUCACCUGAUAAUAUUUUUUGGAUUGGUCUGUUUAAUGAUUCUUGGAAGUGGUCAGAUCAGAGUAAUUCCUCAUUCAGGUACUGGAGCUCUGACAAACCCAGUGGAGAUUUGAACUGUGCUGCAGUGAAAGUGUCUGAGCAACAUUCCUGGACCAAUGUGAACUGCAGAGAAAACCUCCCCUUCAUCUGCCAUGAAAAGAGAUUGGUCUUGAUUAAUCAGAGUCUGACCUGGAAAGAAGCUCUGAACUACUGCAGGAACCAUCAUUAUGACCUGGUCUCAGUGCGCUCUGAGGAGAUGCAGCUCUGGGUGAAGGAGGUGGUUCAAAACGCCUCCACCGAACACGUGUGGCUCGGCCUGCGUCACGACUGCGUCCAGCGUAUCUGGUUCUGGGUUUUUGGAUCGAUGAUCUGCUACCACGACUGGUCCCCGGGGAAUGGGACAAUGAAUGAAGACUGCAGCCAUGAGAGGAGAAGCGGAGCAGUGCAGUCUGGAGGAAAGCAGCAGUGCAUCGAACUGUCUGAGGGCUACAAACUCAACUUCAUCUGCUCUACCUAUGACGAUAUGUUUUAAUAACAUGAAGACUGAAGACAAGCUGUGGUCCUCCAUCUGUAUCCAACAUCAGCAGAUCUAUGUCACGAGUUCCCCUUUAGGCAGCGCGCUGUGGAGCAUGUGAGCGCGCGUGCACGAGCAGGUGCGCGAGCACCUGCUUUUCCCUUGUGGACAAUCAUGACAUUUCUACACGUGCUUUUGUUAUUGUUUAUGUCAUGUCUCCUCCCUGUCCUGUCAUUGGUUGUCAUGUCACGUGUGUCUGGAUUAUCCUCAGCUGUUAGCUGUUACGAGGGUAAUCAUGUCAGCAUAUAUACCGCAUGCCUCGCAACACUCAAUGCGGAAUAUUAAACUUAGAGUAGCAUAGAGAUAGAUUAGGUUUUGUUUCUCAUAGUCAUAGUCAUAGUCAUAGUCAUAGUCAUAGUCAUAGUCAUAGUCAUAGUCAUAGUCAUAGUCAUAGUCAUAGUCAUAGUCAUAGUCAUAGUCGUUUAUACUGGUUACUCCGCUACCAGUCCCUCGCUGUAUGCCACGUUUCGUGUUUUGUUUAUCGACCCUGUUUUCCGUACCACGACCUUGAUCUCUGCCUUGCCCAAGUUAAUGCCUGUUUGCUGAUCGUCUGACCUUGCAUGUUUUGGAUUACGUUUUGGAUUACGAUUUGGACUUGUCUGCCUGUCUUUCUUUAAAUAAAACUCUCGUUUGAACUGCGAUUGCAUCCGCCUUAUCUUCCGUUCCGUCACGAGACGUGACAAUCUACAGUACUGUCUCUUUUAUACUCUUGCUAUAAUGUAUACUCUUUAUCCAGAUGUUUCAUUAUAUUUUUAAUAUUGUAUUCAGUAAAUUCCACUGUCUCCAAACAGCAUGACCUUUUCAUAUUCACAGAGUAUGUUUCCUAUUAAUUAAUUAAUUUUUAUUAAUAGAGGGUUUAGGGGCAAUUAAGGUGAAAUCUAUUUACUUGAUUUUAUACUACAGUGUGUUUGGUAUGCACAUUUCAUUGUUUUUCAUACGCUUUCUCAGAAUAGGGAAAUAACACACUCCGGUAAUUUACACCCAUGCAGGAAGUUUAGAACACCUAGCCCCGCAAACAGUGAUGUUAAAAUGUUAUUAUUCAUGGUGGUUAUACAGGUGUCAUGUGAUG